AUGAAAAGUAUAAAAGAUAAAGCAAAUUAUAUUUUAGAAAAUGAUAUGGCUUCUCUUUUCAAAGAUAUAUUAACUGCUUGUAUCAUUUUUAUAUCAUUACAAGUCACUGUUGCAUCAGCAGAACUUUCGUUUUCCAAGCUAAAAAUAAUAAAAAACUAUCUAAGAAAUUCAAUGGGACAAGAAAGGCUAUCAAAUAUCAGUAUUUUAAAUAUAGAUCGAUCAAGAACUAAAGAACUUAAUGUAAAUAAAAUAAUUGAUGACUUUGCUAAUAAAAAAGCAAGAAAAAAAUUUUUUUCAUUCAAAUCACAAGGGAACAAAAAUAAGUUCAUUUAA